UGCUUCGCCUUCAGCAGAGCGCGUUAUAUUUUGGGCCUCCUGCUUGCCGUACAAAAACAAAUAUGGCGUCUUUCGCGGACGUACACGUCCGAAUUUGUGCUCACGAAAUUAUUAAAUAUGACCUGGAAAUCAAGGCUAUCGUGCAGGACAUCAGGGAUUGUCCUGGACCUCAGUCAACCCUCAUGGAGCUCAAUUCUCAGGUCAAGGAGAAGUUCAACAAGCUCAGAAUUAGAAUACAGGACUUGGAGCAGAUGGCCAGAGAACAGGACCGAGAGACGGACAGACUGGCCAUCCAGGAAGAGACAGAAAGCCAGCGAAAGCAAAUGCUGAGUAACCAGACAGCGUGGAGGAAAGCUAACCUGGCUUGUAAACUAGCCAUAGACGUCACAGAGAAGAACGAGCUUCUGCAGGGGGUUGAACACCAGGGCACCAGACAAAGGAAGGUGACUAAAGAAAGCCUAGCAGAAACCAGUAGCAACAUUACAGAGAGUCUGAUGUCUAUGAGCAGGAGGAUGGCUGAGCAGGUGAAGCAGAGCGAGGACACUAUUGGCACACUGGCCACUUCCUCGAGGACGGUGCAGGAAACCAAUGAGGAGUUUAAAAGCAUGACAGGAACCAUUCACCUGGGAAGGAAACUGAUCCUAAAGUAUAACCGGCGCGAGCUGACAGACAAGCUGCUCAUCUUCCUGGCUUUGGCCCUUUUCCUCGCCACCGUCCUUUACAUCCUUAAGAAACGUCUCUUCCCUUUCAUUUAGCUCACAAAGUUCUUUCGCUCAGCAAAAUAUUACCACAAGGACUUUAAAGUCAAACAGUCCUAAGACCUGACUUUCGCACAUAGAGUGAAGCUUCAAGUGAAAAGUUUUCAUCUGGUUGAGUUAAGCACAAUACCCAAUAUGGGAGUAAGUACAAGGGUACUCUGAACCAACAAGAGUCAAAGCUGCCGUAUAAUUCAAACCUCACUUGGUUUACUGUAUUACGGUAUGUGUUCAACAUAGAAAGUGUCCACGUUGAUCUGCUCUGGGCGGUUUCUCCAGGAGGCAAUUGGAGUGUUUGACGGUUUCCCCCGUGCCUUUCCUCCUUCGGACGCCUCCACGACAGAUUUUAGAAUUCGGAUUACUCACCUUCUUAAAAUGUAUCUUCCACAUUAAGUCAAGGAGGUUGUGAAUGUUGAACGCUUCCAGUUCUACAGACGUACCAGUAGGUGGCAGGAUUCCCAACCUCCCCCACAUCAGAGAUGCUUUAUUGUUCAUUUGUGUGACAAACUAUUUUACAACAAAGCCGACUUACAGCAAACUACUCACUUGUCAAGUUGUUGACGUUUAUUUAAUUUCAAUUGGAAUACAUAGUCUAUGGUAUGAAUAUGUAUUUUUUUUAUUUGUUAAAAUAAAAAGUUACAAUACA